CGAUCAGUCAUUCCUGUUACUUGCCCCAGCUAGACGAUUCACAUUGAUUGACAAGGCAGUAUGUAUUUGCCUUCGAAACGCGUAUGACGUGUGUGCGACGUCGCUCCGUUACCAACAACAACAAAAGUUAUACAGUAUCAGUCAUUUUCGACUUCAUUGCUGCUGCACUUUUUUAUAGUUUUUCGUGUUGUGUUCGAGAGUAAGCAUACAGCUCCUCGUAAAUCAUAAUAAAAAAAAAUUAUAUAUUUCGGUCAGAUUAUUAAUAUCAUUUGGAUAGUAAAACCAAUUGAUAACGGUGUGUAUGCGGGAAAACAUAUCGCAAAAGAUUUUGUGAAUAAAAUGUAUCGUAUUACAAAUAUUAUUUCAAAAUAGCGCGCCAAAUCGUGCCAGCAAUAAAUUAUCUGUUUUGUCAUUUAUUAGUCUGCUUAUGUCGGUGCGGCCCGUGGUUCCGUGUUCGUGUGCAUUUUUGAAUAUUGUGCUUUAUUUUGAACAUUUGGAAUUUUUGCACAAUUUGAUAAAAUAGACAGUAUACCCGAGAAAAAUAAAAAGAUUUUGUUUUUAUAUAUUUUUCUUCACCGGCAUAGCAGAAAGCUAUAUUUCUUUAUAAAGUAAAAUUUCGAAAAUGUGCAGUUGUCGUCGCGUUACGGUAUUAUAAUUAAACGAUUCAUUUAAAUACAACAAAAAAAACAGCGUCGCGUCGUGAUUAGUAAAACGUUCAACGGGAAACUUCGCAAAUGUAUAACAAAUGUGAUUUUGCUCAAGUAACUAGUGAUUAAAUUAAAUACAAGAGAUAUACGAAAAGUAAAAUAAAUUUUGGUGAUCCUAACAAAAAAAAUGAUAAUAUAAGAGAAAAGAGAAAAAUAAUUAUUGAUGAUAUUUGUGACUUGUGAGAAUAUACUGCAAAAUAUCAUUAAUUUAGUGACACAAUUUUUAUAACAAAAAAAAAGCGAGAGAAAUUAUUCAUAACAUCGAUUAGUGAUGUUCCAAUAUACUGCAACCACAUAACUGAAAACAAAAAAUAAGUCAAUUCGUUGCGGACAUAUGUCAAUGUUAUUUUAUAUGUUUCUAUUACACAGUUAAAAGAAAGCAAAAGGAAAAAAAAACAGUGAAUUUGAAAUUUUUCUCAUACAAACAAGAAAAUAUUUCAAAUAUAUUCCAUCGGUGUUUCAAUCCAACACCGGUUACAUAAUUUGUUUCUUGUGUGAGUAAUCACAGGGUGGAAAGUGGCACAACUCGAGUUUGAAGCCGCUCCCAGAGCAUUGAUGGCUCAACCUAGGUAUGACGAUGGCCUGCACGGCUAUAUGAAUUCGGGUGCAGCGGCAGCAAUGUAUGAUCCACAUGCUGGACAUAGGCCACCCGCUUUACAGGGCCUGCCGUCACACCAUUCACCUCACAUGAGCCAUGCUUCUGCUGCGGCGGUCGGUAUGCAUGGAUAUCAUUCUGGACAUGGUACACCUAGUCAUGUGUCCCCCGUAUCAAAUCAUGUUAUGGGGACAUUACCAGAAGUACAUAAACGUGAUAAGGAUGCGAUUUAUAGUCAUCCGCUGUUUCCCCUAUUGGCAUUAGUAUUUGAAAAAUGUGAAUUAGCAACAUGUACACCUAGAGACCAAAAUUUGCAAGGUGCUGAUGUUUGUUCAUCAGAAUCCUUUAAUGAAGAUAUAGCAGCUUUUAGUAAACAGAUUCGGUCUGAACAGCCGUAUUAUUCAGCAGAUCCCGAAGUAGAUUCACUUAUGGUACAAGCGAUUCAAGUACUUCGGUUUCACCUCUUAGAAUUAGAAAAGGUUCACGAACUAUGUGAUAACUUCUGUCAUCGUUAUAUAACAUGUCUUAAGGGUAAAAUGCCAAUAGAUUUAGUGAUUGACGAACGGGACACCACCAAACCACCAGAACUAUCAAGUUCUGCAAAUGGUGAAGGCCGAAGUAAUGCCGAUUCAACAUCACACACCGAUGGAGCUAGUACACCAGACGUUCGGCCUCCUAGUUCAUCGCUUUCGUAUGGUGGUGCAAUGAAUGAUGAUGCACGAUCGCCGGGUAGUGGGAGUACGCCAGGACCAUUAUCACAACAACCUCCAUCAGGCUUAGAUACAUCAGAUCCAGAUGGUCGAUGGUGUCGAAGAGAAUGGUCAUCACCUGCUGACACAAGAAACGCUGAUGCAACAAGGCGAUUAUAUUCCUCUGUCUUCCUCGGUAGUCCUGGUGACGCAAGUAAUGCUAGCAUAGGUAGUGGAGAAGGUACGGGUGAAGAAGAUGACGACGCGAAUGGCAAAAAGAACCAAAAGAAACGUGGCAUAUUUCCUAAAGUUGCAACAAAUAUCCUCAGAGCGUGGCUGUUUCAACAUUUAACGCAUCCGUAUCCCUCCGAAGAUCAGAAAAAACAAUUAGCACAAGACACAGGAUUAACGAUACUACAAGUAAAUAACUGGUUUAUCAAUGCUAGACGUAGAAUUGUACAACCGAUGAUAGAUCAAUCAAACAGAGCUGUAUUUACACCUCAUGCAGGUCCAUCAGCUGCAUACGGUCCAGAAGCAAUGGGUUAUAUGAUGGAUGGCCAAGCGCAUAUGAUGCAGCGACCACCUGGUGAUCCUGGUUUUCAUCAAGGUUAUGCACACUACCCUCCCGAAUAUUAUGGACAUCAUUUGUAAUUAAUAGCAUAAUUGUUGUAAUCGAGGUACCAGCAUACAAACCAGUGAUAGUAUCAUUUAGACUCAUUAUGUUACCAACAUCAUUUCUGACCUGCAAUUAAACUACUUAUUAAUAUGCACUUUAUAAAUGUCAUAAUCCAAGAGUGUCGGUGAAUUCUUACUUAAAAUACUUAAAAGAAAAACAAACAAGGAAUCACACCGCAUAUAUCUUGUAUCGGUCCUAUUAAUACUAUCAUCCAAACCAUCAAAGCUACUUAGAUAUUAAACAGUUAAAAAUAAAAAUUUAAAAGCAAAAUAAAUAGUAAAAAAGAGAGAGGAAAAAAAUGAGAAUAAAAACGGGAAUCAUCAUAAACCAGUGAAGAGAACAACGAUUUUUUUUUAAAUGAAAUUAAUUAAACGGCGGGAGGAGAAACGAAAGAAAAUAAUUUGAAAAGUUUCAACUGUAGAAUCAAUGAUGAGAUUGGCAUAUUAAAAAAAAGGAAAUUAUUGAGGACAAUGGGUAAAUAUGUGAUUUAUAUUUGUACAAAAGUGGAUUUAAAGCAACAACAACAACAAAAAAUGUAAAGUGUUAAGCGAAAUGUUACAUAACAACGGUGUAUGACGAUGAGGUACAAAAUGAAUAUAACAACUUAAUGGAAAUGAUACGAUAAUUUUCAUCGGGGAAAAUAAAAGUAAAAUAAUAAAUAAUAAAAAACGAGGAAAAAAUAAUGGAAAAACGCAGAAAAAAAUAUUUAAUUAAUUGAAAUACAAUAAAUAAUUUUUAAAUAAAAUGAAAUUAAUUUAAUAAGAAAAUUGAAUAAGCAAGAAAAACACAAAAAAUCAAUUUAAUAAUUAAUUUAUAUAGAAAUGAAACAGCAACAACAAGAAAAAUCAACUAAUGUAAUUAUUGAGAUACGGACUCUAUUAUCAAUAUAAAAACAAACAAAAAAAACGUACACACAGAAGGAUGUAUAAUAAUACAAAAAGAAAAUUAUAAAAAUUAUGUUUUAUUAAUAAAAGAAAAUAUGGAUAAUGAAUUAAGCAAGAGAUAAAAGAAAAACUAAAAUUACAGUGGUGUGUUUUAUAAAUAAAAUAAAAUGAAUUUGAAAUUAAAAAAGAAAAGGAAAAAUAUUAACCAUACCAGUGAAAACUACACAGGACAUUUAAAAAAAAAUAAAAAACAAAAAAAAAAUUAAAAAAAUGACAGAGUGGUGUCAAUCAUACGCGGAUGUACAGGAAAAAUCUUCUCAACAAGAACAACAUUAGGCAGCCGAUUUUAAUUAGCAGUGCAGCAUUGUGGCUCCGGAUAAAUACCGAGAGUAUCAACACGAAUAAACAAACAAACAGAUAAAGAAAAAUUAUAAAUAAAGAACAAUUUAUAAAAUUAUAUUAAUUAAAACAAAAGAAAAGAAGUAAAAAAUGGAAUGAAAAAAAAACCAGUAAAUUUAGAUGAAAAUUCAAAUUUGUAAAAAAAAUAAUGUGCUAAGCUAUAUAAGGCAAUACCGACUGACCGGAUCUGUCAAAACUAUUAAGUAAUUUUUCUAGGUUAUGUUUAUUAAUAUUUAAUAACUAAAUAUUAUUAUUAUUGUGUAUUAUAUAAUUAAUUAAAUUAGAACAAAACAAACAAAAAAAAAUGAAGAAAAAAAGAGAGAGAAAAACAAAAACAUCCAAAAUCAAUGCAAUGGAAACAGACGAAUGUGUAUAUCGUUUUAUUUGAUGUUUCUCGUAAUGUUGCAAAAUAAACGGAUGUAGCACGGGAUUGCCACCAUUUUUUGUUUUUUGUUUUUAUGUGCUGCAAUUAUUUUUUGUGAUUAUUUUAUCAUGGAAUACUGUUACAAUUGACGCAUUCAUUUCGCUACGACUUGGGUCUCUUUUCAUUUACUUUAGCUUCGAUUUUCCUAUCUAUUGCAGUGUCUUUUCACGACGAUAUCAUCAUUAAAAACACCCUGAAUCAAUAUAUGUCGCUCGUAAUAAGACCCGUAAAAACGGUUCAAAAGUACUAAAAGUUAAAUAAGAUUUCUUCGAUAGUAAAAAUGAAUCAAUUCCUCGAUUCAGACUGCUUUGUUCGACGUUUUGUAACAAUUUGUUGCUUCCACUGCCCAUUUUAUUCGCAAAACACACCACCAGGAUAGUGGGUGUUUAAAAGGCGCUCUCUUGUUAUUUCAUAUUGUUGAAGAAUUGUGAAAAAUUCCAUGAUAAAAUAUUUAGAAUUCAAUUCCAGCAAAAUAUAAAAAUAUUUAAGGAAAAAAGAAAGUUUAAAAAAAUGAAUAAUUAUUGCAACGUCCGCUUAUUUUGGUAUGUUAGUUCAAUAGAAUUAUUCAAACGCGAUAUUACUUGUUUUCUAUUGUAAAUCGGAGGAGAUUCUAUCGAUGACGAAAAAAAAAUGAAAAUUAAAAAAAAAAUUGAACUCUUGUGUACAAGAAAUUAUGAAAGAAAAAAAUCGAUGUGGAGCUACAUACGUUCCGUUUAAUUCAAGGAAGAUCUUUACUUUCGAUAAAAAUUAAUCCAAGGCCACAUCAAAUUGUGUAAAAAAAAAUCAAGUUAUGUAAGCAAAACUUAAUAAAGCUCUUUGAACAAUUAUUUCAUUGAUUUUGUUUUUAUUAUUUCACUUUUUUACCUUUUGUUUGAAUUUUAGCAAAUUUUUCCUUAAUUUUCGUUUUCUAGACUGAAGAUGAAGACUUAUGUUAUUCUGUUCAACCACUUAUAUUUUCCAAUCAUCUUCAUUUGCAAACAGCGCGCGACCAUGCAAUACUUUUCUUUUCAAUUUUUAUUAUUUAUUUAUUUAUUCGACAAUAUCAACAUACGUAAUUGCGACAACCUGCCAAUGGUCCAUUAUUAAUUCGAAAUUAAACGUGAAAUACAUUUUUAUCGAAACAUCAUUCCGGCACCAAAUACACUAACUUAAGAUCAGUCAUCUUUCGUAAAUCGAAUUCCAUUGGUGAGUGUGGACGUGAAACUUAUAAUUCUAAAUGAAAGAAAAGCAAUGUUUUGAAGACAGUCUACAGAAAUAUGAUAACUUUGUUGAAAGGAAACAGGUAAUUUCGAUGGUAAUUUGCUGACAAGUGGGUUCAUGAAAGUAAUUCACGCAGUAAGUGCGCUUCAGAAUUUGAAUUUUGGGUGAAUCAGUAGAUGAACAAAUGAAUUGAAAAAGCAAAAAAAAAUCAACGCACUUUGAUAUGACAAUAUCGCGAAUCACCCAUUUACGAAGCUACGUUUGGUUUGUCUUUGACACUUUUAAUUUUGAAUUUUCAGCGGACUUGCUGCGUGAUUAGUAAUUUAUGCCAGCGAGUGAUAAAUUGUUUUUUAGGUACUAGAUGUGUAAAUUGUCAAUCGAGGCCGCAGGCCUAGUGUGACAAUACAAAUCGUAUCAAAACUAUUGUCAUUUGACUACGUUCUCUAGCAACAUCCAUAGCAGCUUUAUGUUUUUCAUGGAUACUGACCCGUAAUU